CAGAGAGAGAUUACAAAUUGCACUUUUCCUCAACAAAAACCCAAUCAAUCUCAGUCCCAUCAGUCACAAGAGAAAUAAAAGAAGAAGAAGAAAACAAUAUCUCCAUCCCCCAUAAAUUAAAGCUGCCAAAGAAACAACAAAUUAAUGGUGGUGGGGAUGGAAGGAGUAGUGGUGAUGCCCUUUUUUCUCUUCUUCCUCUCUUUCUAAUCAAUUCCCUUCUCUUCGCAGUUCCUUUGAGUUUAUUGUUUCUUGAAAUUAUGGUGAAGUGAUGAUUGAUUUUUGCUGCUUUCUCCCACUUAAUUUUUACAGUGAGAUAAUGGGUACAGUUUCAACUUGAAAAGAAGGAUGAGCUUACCAUACCCUCCUCUCUAACAUAACUUCCCCUUUGUUUUUGGGUUCUAGUUUUCUUGGGGGAUUUCUUGUGUUUGUUUUUCUUUUGCUGGUUUAGUGAUGGGCAAUGUUAGUGGCAGAAGUGAAGAAGGAGAGAAUUCAGAAGCAGAAGAAGGAGAAACAGUUAAUCAGCACAUGAUUCUUCAUUCUCCUCCCCGUAGCCUUACAACAGCUUACUUGCAGCCUCCUCCUGCUUCCUUCACUUCCCAGGUUCCAGUUAGAAUAUCAGGUGAGACGACAAUGCAGGGUCAGUACCAUAGCCAGGGGGCUGCUGAGAAGCUGAACCCUGUCAUGAUCACAUGGAGUUACGAUGGAAGCCAAGUUGCCCUCACUGGUUCUUGGGACAAUUGGGACACUAGAGAGCCUUUGCAGAGAUCAGGCAAGGAUUUCAUGGUGAUGAAGUUACUGCCCUCUGGAGUUUACCACUACCGGUUCAUUGUGGAUGAGAAUCUCAGAUUUGCUCCAGAGUUGCCUUGGGAGUGUGAUGAUUCUGGGAUCGCUUACAAUGUCUUGAAUGUUCAGGAUAAUGUGCCGGAAGCUCCGGAGAGCCUGACAGAGUUCCAAGUCCCAUCUUCACCAUCAUCAAGCUAUGGAACUGACUUUCUAAACCAGGAAGACUUCAGCAAGCCGCCUCCAGAAAUACCUCCACAGCUUCAGCUGACACUUCUCCACGAGAGAUUCUCCACGGUGGAUGGCCAGCAGUCACUGCCAAGGCCAGUCCAUGCUGUUCUGAACCAUCUCUACAUUCAGAACAAUGCACAUGGUGGUGGUGGCCAGCCGGCGGUGGUGGCCCUCGCCACUACUCAUAGGUUUCUUCAGAAGUACGUCACUGUAGUUCUAUACAAGCCUUCCUCUCAGUUGUGAAAUGAGAAAAUGGUGGGGUGCCAUUUUUAAUAUAUAGAUAGAUUCGGAGAGAUGAUCAAUAGAGCUUAGCAUAGGAGAUUGGUCUUUAUUCAGGGCUUCUUGGCUUGGUGUACAUUAUUCAUCCAUUUUGUGGGCAUAGAAAUGUGUGAUCACGAAAAUGGACAGAGUUCUGAAACUGGAGCAUUUGUUUAUAUCACAAGUUUGGAACGACGGAAUGGCCUUAUUUCUAAGGGCUUGUGUAACUAAUAAGCACAAUUAGAAAAC